AUGAAGUACGGCGCAGCUCUCGCCCUCGCGGGUGCUCUCGCCUCCGUCCAGGCCCAGAGGCUCGACACCGGCUUCGUCACCGAGGCUGAGCUCGAGGCCCUCACCGACGGCAACUUCGCCGCCUGGGGCGACAUCGAAAUCGGUGAUACCAGCAUCAUGUCCCUCGAGUCCAUCCUUGCCGAGCUCGACGCCAUCACCGGCGACUAUCCCUACAACUACUACGACCCCUACGCCUACUAUCCUCCUCCCCUGACUAUUCCCCGUCCAAUCCCUGGGUACCCCGGCUUGGUCAACAACGUCAAUCUGCUCAUGCCCAGCAGCACCAUUCAUAUCAACGACGACACCACUGAUGGAGUCGAAACCGACAUCAGAACCCAAGUCACCUUCGUCUUUCCACUAGACACUUUCGGAAAGAGCUGCCAGUUCAUCUUCUUCCUCGGCAACACCAGCACCGUCACCGGCUCGGGCCGGUUCACCCUGUUUCUGAACGCAAACCCGACUACAUCAUGCCCGACCACUGACCCCCCGACCAUCUUGGAGACCGAGCAGAUUUUGACCGCCACCUACCAAGCCAAGGUCGCCGACCUUGCGGUAGUCGUUGCGCCUACAGGCAACACGGUUCUAGUCGGGACCAACACUGCUUGCCCGGCUCCCGGAACCGUCCUGACGCUGGAACUUCGCGGAUGGGAUGAUUCCUUGGCUGAGCGGCGCUUCGUCAACCGCUCCGCGUCCUCGGCUCUCAUGGACGUCGGUGAGCCUAGUACCAUUGCCUGGAACGGCAUUUUCUCUGGUCCGGCGAUCAAGUACACGACUCCGCCGAACACCGACCCUCUGGUCAAUAUCGACCUAGGCAACAACAUCUCAAUUGAGAGCAUCCCAAUUGACGACACUAUACCAAUUGUUAACACUACUAUCCCAACACUUAUUAACGAUACUAUCCCAACAAUUGUUAACACCACUGUCCCAACAAUUGUUAACACCACUCUCCCAAUUGUUAGCACGAUCCCAAUUGUUAACACCACUACCCCAAAACCACUUAUCUGCGUAUUGGUAUCACGACUCUUUGGCUAG